GCGGAAACUGUUUUGACACUGUUAUUUUAGCUUUGGCGACGGCUACGUCUUUAGUCGAGCCAGGCAAACCAUGAGGCUCCUUUUUGUAAUAGAGCUUCUAGCAUGCGUGGUGCUAGUCGCACACGCUCGGAAUGUAGCCAAUGUCAAGGGCGAAAAAGAUGUCGCAGCUGAAACCGUAGCUGAGAUAAAAGCAGCACCUACGGGCAGCGACUUGUCAGCGGCUGGCAGCGAACCCGCCGAUCAAGCGCUGGCGGGUACCGAACACAAGAAAGCUAAGGACAGCCACCACGAGCAAGGUGGUGGCCAUGAACACCACGCCCAUCACCACGAGGAACAUGGCGAUAAAGGUGAUAAGGGAUACAAGUCACAUCAUCAUCACGACAAAGGCGAACAUGGGCACCAUGCUAAACACCACCACGAAGGACAUCACGACGAACACGGGGGGCACAAGAAAAAGCACCACGAUGAACACGACCACCACGGAGAACAUCACGAAGCCGCGCACGGCCACAAAGGAGGAAAAUUCGGUCACAAAAAAGGCCACAAGAAGGGGUCUAAAACUACCGGUUUCCACCACAAAUCUCACAAAGACGAAUACCACAAGGAACACAAGUUCUACGACGACUUCCACAAGGGCGGUCACCAUCACAAACAUGGAGACUUCCACGGUCACCACGACAAGAAAGGAGGUCACCACAAGAAAGGCGGUCACCAUGAGAAGGGUCAUCAUGAGAAACACCAUGGUAAGAAAGGACAUCACGACAAGGGACAUUACGACGAAGACCACAAAGGACAUAAGGGCCAUCACGGCCACGAGGAACAUUUCGCACACCACCAUGACCACGGCAAGAAGGGAGGACACGCCGGCGGCAAGGAACAUGGUUACAGUCAUGCAAAGAAAUCCUAAAGAGUCAUUGACAUAUCCGUUUAAUUAUUUGUUAAAUUAUGUCGUUGUUUUUUAUUAUUGUUACGUUUUUCAACAGUCAAUGUAUUUUAAAGUAUGCGUAAGACAAUAAUUUAUAUUAAAAUUCGAUUCAAA